AUGGCAAAGGAGAAAUUAGUCGAAGGGAUGGAAAUUUCAGACGAUAACGACAGGUUCAAUUGCCAGUCAUGCAUAAAAGGCAAAUUGGGACAAAAGCCGGUUAUUAAGCAAUUGCUUACCCAAUAUACCAAAAUAGGCGAUUUAGUCGUUUUGGACGUUGCAGGACCGGUUCGAACGCAAUCGCUUCAAGGCAAUUAUUAUUACGUCUCAUUUACAGACGUAUCGACGCGUUACACGAAGAUAUAUUUUAUGCAACAGAAGAAUGAGGCUUUUGCGUACUACAAAUUAUUCAAGAAGUUUUUAGAAACUCAACAUAACGCUGCAAUCAAGAUGCUACAAGUCGAUAAUGGAAAAGAGUUCGUACAUAAGGACUUUCAAGAAUAUCUUGAGAGUAAGGGCACAAUCUUGCGGACAACCGCGCCCUAUUCACCGGCACAAAAUGGUAUAGCCAAAAGGCUUAAUCGCACUUUAUUUGACCACAAACGAUGUAUGAUGUUUGAGGCGGAAGCUCCGCCUUCCUGGUGGCAAGAAAGCACCGCAUAUGCGUGUUUUCUGAAGAAUCGCACGCCAACAUAUAUUAACGGAAAAUUAAUUACACCGUAUGAAGCCUUUUAUGGAAAGAAACCAAAUAUCGUUACGUUAUACAAGUUCGGCGCACUGGUCCAAAUCCUAGAUCAAUCUGGAUCGCGUGGAAAAUUAGACCCAAAGACAAAACCGGCCCGGUUUGUAGGCAUUGCGGAGAAUCAAGGGAACAGUUACCGAUACAUUUUAGACGGAGGAAGACAAGUACUACAUUUGCGUAAUGUGUACUUCCCGAAAAAUGCCGAAACAAUGCUUAAGCCGCAAGAAUCGAGUGAAGAAGAUUGGGUAUCAACAAGAGAUAUCGAACAUUGGGGAGACUUAAACAAUCCAGAAGAGGAUUUAACCCCAAAUCCAUAUGAGGAAACAAAAAAGAGCGUGCAUAUACCCACCAAUCCUAUUGUUCAACCUUUGAAGCCCGUGUCGCCAAAGAAAUUACGACGCAUACAACCUCGCAUUUUGAGGUACCGCAUAUAG